CCCCGUACCUGGAAGCUGUCUCGAAUACGAUUGGUGGAGGCGCGGCCUGCACCUGUGCCUGCUGCUUGUGACGCAGUCCGACGUUAGUCGCCCGCAGGAGCACGAGGCGACAUCGGAGCGGGGAUUUAUCUGACAGCUCCCUUUUAAAAGCAAGAUCUGAGUGGCCAACAGUGGGGUACUUCCUCCCAUCGUCUUUUGGAAUUUGAGAGUUACAGAUGGAGGGAGUGCUCAUUUUAAAAUCUGCUUCUCCUCCCAGCUGUUCCUCUCAAAACUCCUUUCCUUUUUCGCCGGGUGCUCAGGAAGAUUCAGAUCCCCGAUCAUCUUCUCCUGUGCCUCCCAGCAUGUGUGUUGCCACUGCACCACCACCGCCACCACCUCCUCCACCUCCUCCUCCUCCGCCUCCUCCUCUUCUUCUUCCUCCCCCUCCCUUUGGCUCUCGUAAUGAUCAGCGACGAUCCAUGAAAAAGCUGAACUGGGACACCAUUCCCAGUCAGCGUGUCCUCGGCAAAUUGAACAUCUGGACGUCCAAGCGUCCGCAGAGGAACCUCGUGCUGGAUAUUCGAAGCAUGGAGGAGCUGUUCAGUCACGUGGACAAGCGGGCCUCGCUACGCAAUUCAAAGGUCACGGGUCUGAGGAACUGUGAUGGCAUGGAUCUCUUUCCACAGGAGCCUCAGGUCACAAUCCUUGAUUCUAAAAAGAGUAUGAAUAUUGGGAUCUUCCUGAGACAUUUCAAGAGGCCAGUGACAGAAAUGGUUCAGGACAUUUGUCAAGGCAACUGGCUCAGAUUUGGGACAGGCAAACUAAAAGAGCUUUGUAAACUGCUGCCAGAAGAAAGUGAGGUGAAGCAGCUGCUGUCGUUCAGUGGGAACCUUUCUGUGUUGCCUGAGGCUGACCAGUUUAUGGUGCAGCUGGUCAAAGUGCCAGGUUAUGAGGAACGGCUAAAAACGAUGGUGCUGAGAGAGGAAUUCUUUCCUCUCAUGGAGGAGGUGAAGAACUCUGUUGCCAUCAUGAUCAAAGGAGCUAAUGAGCUGUUGGACUGUGAUGACCUCCAUUCAGUCAUUCGGCUGGUAUUAAAGGCCGGAAAUUACAUGAACGCUGGUGGUUACAGUGCCAAUGCCAUCGGAUUCAGGAUGACUUCUUUGCUCAAGCUGGCAGACACCAAGGCCAACAAGCCUGGCAUGAACCUCAUGCACUAUGUUGCCAAGCAAGCAGAAGACAUUGAUACUGAGUUGCUGACUUUUCCCAGCCAGCUUGAACACAUUGGGAUGGCAUCAAGAAUUUGUAAAGAGGAGGUAAUCUCAGACUUUGAGAAAGAAGUCAAGAAGAUCAAAGAAGUGAAAUUGUACAGCAGCAGACAGCCCAGCCUCUUACAACAAAUGGAAGCAUUUCUCAUGAGGGCUGAUGCCAAACUGGCUGAGGUGGAAUCAUCUCUCCAGGAGCUGAAUGCUCUAAGUAGUGCUGUGGCUGAAUACUUCUGUGAAGAUCCAGCUACCUUCAAAUUGGAGGAGUGCUGCUCCAUCUUUAAUUCAUUUUGCAAGCGGUUUGACGCAGCUGUUCUGGACAACCGAGAGCGAGAGGCAGCAGAGCAAAGGCGCAAGCGGAAGGAGAGCAUGCGUAUUGCAGCUAAACGCCGCUCCACAGUGUCCUGCCCAGGAUCUGAGCCUGAUCUGGACUCCACUGGCUUGGAGACGGCCUUGCACAGCUUUCUGUCCACUGUUCCAGAGGGAUUGUCUAGAUACAAGAAGAACACAUUGCCCCCAGUCAAAGGGUCCCCCUCUGAGCGCAGGUCUCAGACUGUUCCUUCAGCUGAAAUACCUGAGGUAACGCCACGUACUAGACAAGAGAAGCCUGAGAAUAAACAACCCAAACUGCAGAAAGAGGACGAGCAACUGGAAAACGACACAGAAGCUAAGAAGAUGCGUGAGAUAACUCGGAAGGUGCUUCGAUACCAAAACAGCAAAAGUAGCCUUGAUGGAGACAGAGCUUUGGGGACUCCUCGUAGGUCAGAGAGAGCACAAGACAUGCCAGCUACCCCAAGCACCCCUCGGCCUAGAACCAGAGAUUUCUUCUUUGCACACAAUGGGGAUGUGGGCUCCCCGUGGACUAUCCUGAGCCCUUUUACUUGCUCCCAAAGAAACCCCCUUCAGAGUAACAGACAAGCACGCCGAUGCAGACUAUCCUCAGUGUCCGGUGGAGAUGACCUUGAUGAUGGAGUCUGGGAGAGUGACCAAGGCAAUCAUCUCCCCAUUCCUUCCAACCAGGAUAGUCAGACAUCUCCAUCUGGAGGUUCUGUGUCUCUUCCCGAGUGCCUCAGGCAGAGAGCCGUAUCACAGGGUCCAAUACUCAGGUCGAUUUCCAUGGAUGAAACCAGGCAAUCUUCAGCAUCCCGCUUCCGGCUGGGAGACUUGUUCCAGAGAAGCAUAUCUCAGCGGUCAUACUCUUCUGGAUCAAGGACAGAAAACAUGAGAGAAAAAGGAGUCUGUUCAGCGCCUGGCAGUAAGGUGGAGAAUCAUGUAGAGGGACAAGUGAGCACCUCUGGGUUCAUAUCCUUCUUCAGACGCAUUGGAGGCAGAACUAAGCCUGGUUAUGUGGAAGAACAAAACUUCAAAGGAUCUAAUACUUGAUUAAAGUUUUUAAUUGAUGGACAGCUUAAGCUUUAUCAUUUUUUUGUGUGUGUUUUAGAUUGUUAAAAUGUGUUUGUCUGUUUUUACCGUUUUACCCUUCAGUGGAACCAAGGCAAAUGAGGACUUGCUUUGAACUGUGAAGAUUUUGAUUUUGUGGAAGUCAAACCAUGUUCAAAAAUCAUAACAUCUUUUUUGUCUUUUUGUGUGCAAUAAAGGGUGACAUUCUACCAUUUUAUUUUUAC